CAUGUGUUCGAUGAUCUCAGUGGCUCAGUAUCCUUGUCCUGGGUUGGAGAUAGCACUGGGGUCAUUCUUGUUUUGACUACCUUCCAUGUACCACUGGUGAUUAUGACCUUUGGACAGUCCAAGCUAUAUCGAAGUGAGGAUUAUGGAAAGAAUUUUAAGGAUAUCACAAAUCUCAUCAAUAACACCUUCAUUCGGACUGAGUUUGGGAUGGCUAUUGGUCCUGAGAACUCUGGAAAGGUAAUACUAACAGCAGAGGUGUCUGGAGGAAGUCGUGGGGGACGAAUCUUCAGAUCAUCAGAUUUUGCAAAGAACUUUGUUCAGACAGAUCUUCCUUUCCAUCCGCUGACUCAGAUGAUGUAUAGCCCUCAGAACUCUGAUUACCUCUUAGCCCUCAGCACUGAAAAUGGCCUGUGGGUGUCCAAGAAUUUUGGGGGAAAAUGGGAAGAAAUCCACAAAGCAGUGUGUUUGGCCAAAUGGGGAUCAGAAAACAUCAUCUUCUUUACCACUUAUGUGAAUGGCUCCUGCACUGACCUUGGAGCACUGGAAUUAUGGAGAACUUCCGACUUGGGAAAAAGCUUCAAAACCAUUGGCGUGAAAAUCUACUCAUUUGGUCUUGGAGGACGUUUCCUUUUUGCCUCUGUAAUGGCUGAUAAGGAUACAACAAGAAGGAUCCACGUGUCAACAGAUCAAGGGGACACGUGGAGCAUGGCCCAGCUUCCCUCUGUGGGACAAGAACAGUUCUAUUCGAUCCUGGCAGCUAAUGAUGACAUGGUGUUCAUGCAUGUAGAUGAACCUGGAGAUACUGGAUUUGGCACAAUCUUUACCUCAGAUGACCGAGGCAUUGUCUAUUCCAAGUCUUUGGACCGACAUCUCUACACUACCACAGGUGGAGAGACGGACUUUACCAACGUGACCUCCCUCCGCGGGGUCUACAUAACAAGCAUGCUCUCAGAAGAUAAUUCUAUCCAGACUAUGAUCACUUUUGACCAAGGAGGAAGGUGGACACACCUAAGGAAGCCUGAGAACAGUAAAUGCGAUGCAACAGCAAAAAACAAGAAUGAGUGCAGCCUUCAUAUUCAUGCUUCUUACAGCAUCUCCCAGAAGCUAAAUGUUCCGAUGGCCCCACUCUCAGAGCCAAAUGCCGUAGGCAUAGUCAUUGCUCAUGGCAGCGUGGGAGAUGCCAUCUCAGUGAUGGUCCCAGAUGUGUACAUCUCAGAUGAUGGGGGUUACUCCUGGGCGAGGAUGCUGGAAGGACCCCACUAUUACACCAUCCUGGACUCUGGAGGCAUCAUUGUGGCCAUUGAGCACAGCAGCCAUCCUAUCAAUGUGAUUAAGUUCUCCACAGACGAGGGUCAGUGCUGGCAGUCCUACACGUUCACCAGGGAGCCCAUCUAUUUCACCGGCCUCGCUUCCGAGCCUGGAGCCAGGUCCAUGAAUAUCAGCAUCUGGGGUUUCACGGAAUCUUUCCUGACCCGCCAGUGGGUCUCCUACACCAUCGAUUUUAAAGAUAUCCUUGAAAGGAACUGUGAAGAGAAGGACUAUACCAUAUGGCUGGCACAUUCCACAGACCCUGGAGGUUAUGAAGAUGGCUGCAUUUUGGGCUAUAAAGAACAAUACCUACGGCUACGCAAGUCAUCCGUCUGUCAGAAUGGCCGAGACUAUGUUGUCACCAAGCAGCCGUCCAUCUGUCCCUGUUCCCUGGAGGACUUCCUCUGUGAUUUUGGCUACUACCGUCCAGAAAAUGACUCAAAGUGUGUGGAACAGCCAGAACUGAAGGGCCACGACCUUGAGUUUUGUCUGUAUGGAAGAGAGGAGCACCUGACGACAAACGGUUACCGGAAAAUCCCGGGAGACAGAUGCCAAGGUGGUGUGAAUCCAGUUCGAGAAGUGAAAGACUUGAAAAAGAAAUGCACAAGCAACUUUUUGAGCCCAGAAAAGCAGAAUUCCAAGUCAAAUUCUGUUCCAAUUAUCCUGGCCAUUGUGGGAUUGAUGCUGGUCACAGUCGUAGCAGGAGUGCUCAUUGUGAAGAAAUACGUCUGCGGGGGAAGGUUCCUGGUGCAUCGGUACUCUGUGCUCCAGCAGCACGCGGAGGCCAACGGUGUGGACGGCGUGGACGCUCUGGACACAGCCUCCCACACAAACAAAAGCGGUUAUCACGACGACUCAGACGAGGACCUUCUGGAAUAGCUCUUCAGAGGAGCUGGGACCAAGCAUGGAGGUGGAACCACAGUACCUCUCACACUCGCGGUGGCUCCAACUGGGGGAAAUAAAUUUCCCAUUACGAGGGCCCCAGCUCUGUCUCUGCUGCUUCCAUCAAAGCCAAAAGGACCUACUCUAGAGACAUGCGGGGGGGUGGGGAACCCUGGGUGCUCUUGGAAUUGGCUCUGAGAAGAGGGGAAAAUUUAAAUUCUUUAACUUUUUAUUUCAAGUUCUGUCUUUUUGCAAAGUAUGGGCUUUGGGGAUUUUGUUUUUGUUUUGUUUUUAAGGGAAAUGAAAUGGAAUUCAAAGGGAGCGUCUCACUAGCCCACUCUUCCGUGCCCUACAUGGUGCCUGCCCCAGGGCAUCUGCCACCUCCAGCAUCAACCCUCACCAGGUACUCGGUGCUGUUCCUGGGCUCUGCUGGCAACAUGAAGCAGCCACAGAGAGGGAAACAGAGACUGCAGUUACCGGCACAGCCCGGCCAGCGUCUCCCUAGCUGGGGAACAUUGCACUCCAGCUCCUCACUCAGAUCCCUGCUGCUGCAUCUUUUUUUUUUUUUUUCCCCUUCAGGGACCAGAGACCACAGUGAUUUUUCUUUUCCCUUGUUUAAUUAGGCAAUACCCUUGUUAAUUGCCCCUUGGCAACUAACUUAACCAUGUGCUUCCAAGAUACUAAAUCAGGAAAAUUUACAGGGCAAUAUUUUUAACUUAAGGCAGGAAGAGGGGAACAGCAUAGAAUUGACUAGAUUUAGCACCUAUUAAAGGAGAGAUUCUUGCUUCUUGAGAUCUUUCAAGCUGUGCUUUGUGUGUGUGCCAGUGGACUUGCUCAAGGACAGGGUACAGGCCUGGCCUGGAAGCCUGCCCAGGCUGAGUGAUCUCGUCACUGGAGUUGUUCAUUGAGCGCACAGAGCAGCCCGAGAGCCCCAGGACUGAAGCCGCAGUCUUCCGUUUUCUGGUUGUUACCUGUUGUGCGGGCUCAUCGUGAAGUCAGGGCGGUUGCUGCUUAUCUGCUUCUCUUAGGUUGCUGUACCUUGAGCCAGGACUAGAGUUGUUUUCAGAUUUAUGGACUUUUUUUUUUUUCCCUUGAAUCAAAUGUUUAUUGCCAGGCUGUCCUCAUCUCUCUCAGCUAGCUUUGCCAAGUAAUUUGUUGGCAUGAAAUGUUUGGCCGAACCCAUUGAAAACACACUUGCAGUCCAGGUGAUGUUUUUUGUGAUGUACUGAGUUCAUACUUUAAAUUUAAGGAAGUUUUCUAUCUGGCAUUUGCCCAAAUGAAAUGAAUUUUAGAAUGUAGUUGGGUGGAUCUGGGGGUGACCUCUUAGCAAAGGAAAGCUGCAAUAAUGAGUCCAGUACGGCUCGAAUGCUUGCUGUAGAAUGUCGUGUGGUGAGCUUUGGGUCUGAAUGUACCUGCUGCGCUGGUCAGUUUCCCCGGUAAUUAUGGUUGGGACAUUCUUUGGUAGAUGCCAUUUGCUGCUAGUUCAUUUUGUGGCUAGAAAGUCCAUGAAAAGUGAAUGUGCCAAAUUAACUUCGUCAGAGUGUGGGAGCAGAUGGCCCAGCUCUCUCCUCCCAGAAUAGAUGAACAGCAGCGAGGAGAGCGGAGGAGGACGUGGACGGGGAGUUUUAGAGACUUUGAAACUGCAGUCGAAUGAAAUGAGUCAGGGAGCUUCAGUUAGAAAAUAGUUAGGACAGUUUUCGUGGAGAGAAUUAAUAGCUCUUAAGGCUAGAGUGCCUGCGUCUUUUAGCUCAUUCGUUUUACCUGGUUUUAAAAUGUAAAAUAAUUCCAAAGAUACACUAGGUCACAAAUGAUAGACAGUGUCCACCUUUGUCCCACCCUUACCCCCUGUCCAAAGGGCAUUUGGUGCCCAGGAAAAGCCUAUUUAUACCACACACCUUUUCUGCUGGCAUAUAGCUGCUCUGGGUAGAUGUGGCAGCAUUUGGGAAUCCUCUCACUAGUUUUAAGCUGUGGGAAAGUUAAUAUUCUUCUCUAACCACAUACGGUUAGGGCUUUCUGCUCGUACUGCGCCCUGGGAUUUCCGUAGAACUCGGCAGUUUUCCAAGCACCUUCACCUGCAUUACGUCAUUGGAACCUCACAGUGUCCUGUGAAGGGGCCGAGGAACCACACGGGGGUGUAUUGUCUAGGGUCCCCGUGUGUGACGAGCAGUGCCACCGGUAGUCUUCAGAGCUCGGACCUCUUUGGGCAUGCAGGGGCCGCGUACGGGGCGCGGGGCGGCUUCCUGCGCUGUAGGACAGGGUUGGAGCCGCUGCUGUAGGGCAGUGUGACAGCCCUCUUGCCACUUUGGCAAGCAGAAAAUGUUGUUCUUCUGUUUUCAUGCUGAAAACAGAAGUAAUGGUAAUUUUGAAUGUUUUUUAGAAACUGUCCUUGCCCUCAUGGAGGGUCACUGUUAAAGAGGAAGGAGUGGGAGCUUCAUGCAAGAGCACCCUUCUCCACCUCCUCCUUUCCACCCCUGGCUGGCCGGCUUGUUCAAGAACUGGUGGCAGGCCUGGCCACACCCUUUGUUGGCUGUCAAGCUUGUGUGUCAGCCUACUCACUCACAGACACGUGCCCUCAGCAGAGAGUCGAACCACCUAAACCCAUGAUAGCGUCUAAAAGUCACUGUCCCAAUCAUCGCACUCAAGGUUAGGGACGUAUCUUUGAAGGCAAAACACAGCAUACCAUUGCGUAAACUCCCAGGCAUGAAGGUAGCAGAGGGAUUAUUUCUGGGAGUUUCCAUAGUGGAAUUUAGCCUUGUCAGAUAGGUGGGACAGACAGACAGCCCACAGUGGUCUGAGCUAAAUCCCGGGAGGACUCACAUCCUUCCUGCUCAGACCUAAGCAGACCUUUGCUUUUCAGUGAGACCAGUGACCCGGACGGAUACACCUAGGCUGUUGCUUGAAGGAGAGCACUGCGUGAGGAGGAAAGGCCUUUGGAGAGCUGUGGCAGUUCUGGGGUGGGCUCCAGAGGCUCGGUAGAGGAGCAAUGGCGGAACUUGGUGUUUACCAUCUGCCUCGGAGUAGACUUUCCAGGGUGUAUCUCUCUUGCUCUUAGGUUCCCCUCUGGGCCUCCCUCCACUCAAGUGGCCUUUCAUCCCCACAGACGAGUAACGUGCUGGCCGCUCCAGCCCCUGCACUGGGCCCUGUGAACCGCAGCUGGUCCUUCCUGGCCUUCACCACAGUACCUGGACACACAGCAGUGUCAGGCCAUCCACACCCACCCCAAGUGACAGGGCUGGCCUGGUCCAGUUGCUUAUUCACUCUCCAGGCAGAGCAGGAGGGGAGAGUCUUUCCUUUCAGGAGAGCUGGGAAGAACCCUGCCCUUCCCUCAGGGGCCCCGUGCCUGUCCCGCUCCUCCACUCCCCCCUUAAGCCAGGAUAUCGGAAACUGCUGAGUAGGAAGGGAUUCAGCUCUUCACCUUUGCUACCACCAUGGGCUUAAAUGUGCUUUGAGUAAAACCAAAGUUUAAGGUUGGCCGUAUGAUGGAGUGACAGGGAGGACCAGGGUCAGCAGAUGCCAGACUUUCUGUUCCAUCUGCCAGCGAUGUGCCUGGCUCAGGCAGCUCUGGAAACACCAUCUUGCCCUCACAGAGCCCAGGCCUUGCCCUCAUGAGGAUAACUGAAAUAGCAGGCGCGUGUGGAUCUCUCGGUUACGUUGCAUUGUAACAGGAAGAACCUUAAUUUGGAACUGUCUUCAACAACUUGCCGUAUGCAUUUUCUUUUCCACACCAGUACAUUCUUAAGCGUCCUUGGUUAUACGAAACAGCAUAAACUAAUCUGUACCUUUCUAUAUAUAUGUGUGUGUGUACAUAUAUACAUGUAUAGACUGUAUAGUGUACAUGUUAAUGAUUUAUGGGUAGUCCCCGGAUCUUUAAUGCAGUGCACCUCCUCCGCAUGCCCUCAGUCGUGGUUGGGUGACUUCAUGUUCCCUGAUGGGCCCGCCCACCUCCUGUGUUUGAACCUCUAGGAAAGAGGGCUUUGGUCACAUCUCCUUAUCCUCGUGCACAGAAAUGCUCAGGGUCCCCAUGUGCCUGUUGAACCCUCUCGUCGCUUGUCCCCUUUCUGAGCAUGUGGUCCCCCCCAAGCUGUGGGACAGCUGCCUUCCUGUGAAAGUGUAAAGCAGUAUUAAGAUCAUUACUGCAUGUGCGCCAGAAACCCAAGUUUUCUGUUCUCUUGGGACAGAAAAUUGCAUGAGGUGGGAUAACCAAGUCUCAAUGACCCACGUCAGUUACACAACAAAGCCAGACUCUAAAAUGAACUUCCACGAAAUGGAAAGAAAAUUCAAAUUUCUUUAGCAUUGUGUAAAUAAAUCUGGAUGUGUUUAACUUUGUACUGGUACUUUUCUGUAUAUUUGCAAUAUCUGGGUUAGAAAUAAAACAGAUUGGACUUUA